AGCGGGCUGCGCGGGCGCAGCCGGGGUCCGUCCUUAUUUGUCGCCCGUCGGAAGCGAGAGCGGCGUGCUUCGGGUUCCGGGUCGCUCUGAGGAUGGUGCUUCGGCGGCUAUUGGCCGCCCUGCUUCACAGCCCGCAGCUGGUGGAGCGUCUGUCCGAGUCUAAGCCCAUCCGGCGUGCGGCGCAGCUCACGGCCUUCGCGCUGAUGCAGGCCCAGCUGCGCGGCCAGGACGCAGCCCGGCGUCUUCGAGCCCUCGCGGCUGGGCCCGCGGGCUCCCUAGGUCGCCGCGCUGCCCGCUUCAGGGACACCUUUGCAGAGGAGCUGCGCCGCGGCCUCCGGGAACGCCCGGGGUCACCGCCAGGUAACCAGAGGGGCCCGGGCGAUAACCCCUAAACCCAGGCCGGGACGGGCCAGGGUCGCCGGCUUUCCCUUCUGGGCUCGACACAGGCCUCGGCGCUCAGCCGUCAUCCUGGGCGCAGUGCACGGCUUUGAAUCCGGAAUCAGACUGUUUGCCUUCAGAGGCCUCGUUCAUCAGAAAGCCCAGGCCAAACCGACGUCCCCCGUGAAGCCCUGUGAUCGGACUGGGCACGGCAUGAAGAAAUGACCGACCACCCCCCGCCCCAAAGUCCGGAGCCUGGGGCACCACGUACAGAGAGCCCUGAACUGAACCACAGCCGGAGGCGUGUGCCCUCUGCGAGUGGGACUCAAACUCGUGUUCAGUGAUGCUGCUUCUGCUCUGAUAGAGCAGCGCGCCACUUCCAGGGGAGAGCACGGAUGGAAAGACGCAGCUGCCAAAAUCCUCUGAUUAAAUGUGUGAGCCGAGUAA